UUAUUAUAUUUCAAGGCAUGCUAAAGAGAUUUGUCGUUUAAAAAAUACGCUUUCUACUUAGUUACAAAUUUGCCAAAUAAAAAUUAAAAAGCAUGAAAAAUUAUGGUGUUAUUCCUAGUGCUGUAUGGCAGCCUAAAAAAACUACGCUCGGUGACACCUUUCCAUGCUUGCGCGAGUGUCGCGUUAUUUUGAUGCUUCUAAAUAAAAGCAUCCGUUUCAUUUUUGUGGUACAUUGUAAUUUUAAAAAUGAGCUUUAAGUAAUAUAAAUAUAUGGAAUUAACAUGCGUGUUUUCAAGAGGUCCACGUUGAACCAAAUUUAUAACUAAAAUUUGUUAUUUUCCACUCUCUAUUAAUCUAGAAAGUUAUUAAAAAAGAAAAACGGUGACAUCUCCGGUUUAAAAUAUGCGAGAGAGAUGCAGUUUUGAUAAACAAAAAAGUUGUUUUAACAUCCCCUAAAGCUUUUCUGUUUACAUCAAAGUUUUAAUUGUAAUUAAUUAUAAUAUUAUUCACAUCUUUGGUUUACUCUUAAAGUUGAAAUAACAAAUCAUGAUACUUUUGAACUCCCAAAGUUUUGUAUUUGUCGUUAAGGCUUUUGUUUUAUGUAUUUUAUUUUAAUCUUUUAAACUUUAAGGUUGAAUAUAACUUAGCUGUAAAUUUUGUGCAACGUAAAGCCUAUUGACAAAUAAAAUUAAUUGUUUUUUCAAUUGAUUCAAUAUUUUUUUUAAUUUCUUUUCAGAAAAUUCAAGCCUUCAUUUAUAAAAUGGAUGUAAGGAAGAGAUACGAGUUGAAAAGAAAGAUACAACGACGUCAGGCAAUGAAAGUUCAGAAGAAUUUACUAGAAGAGAAACAACUUGAAUUUCGAAGAUCUUUGAAUGUACGUUUGAGGAGCGUCAAUCGAACUGAUACUAACCCUGCUGGACCCUCUCAAAUUGCACCACCUUCAAAUUCUGACAAACGCCAACAAAAUGAUUCGAUCAUUCCAUCUCUUGAGAAGAACCAAAAUGACGGUGGAUCUUGUUGGAAGCCUGAUUUGCCCGUAAAAGAAGAAAAUGAUUUUGAAACCAGCUCUGACUCUGAUGAUCGUGAAAUGGGAGAGUGGAACAUAAACGACCUGAGUACCAAAGAACCUCUCACUAAGUUGAAGAAAAAACAAGUAAGAACGGUGCAUGAGCCCUCGACUGACGAAGAUUCUGAGGAAGAGAGCAGCUCGUCUCCAGCAAUGAAGAAGCGGAAAAGCUUUUCAUCUGCAGCCAGGCCGUUCAAACCUGAUAUCAGUACACUGCGGGAGACUGCCCCAGGACGAUCAUUGCCUGUGAGCCAGGGUAAUGAUGAAAAACUCGUUGGUCUCCUGCAGCAAAAUAACAAGGAUAUAAAGGAAAUUCAUGCCAAACUGAAGGAAAUGCAGGCCGAACUGAAGGAAAUGCAGGCCGAAAUGAACGGCUUUGAAGAUAGCAUUGACCGUGUUUCUGAGGCUUUAGCAAAUUUAAAAAAGCGAGAUGAAAUAGAUUCUCAUCAAUGGGCGCAUUUCAUGAAGCCCAAUAAAGAUAUUGUUAUUAUAAGUAAGCCCGAUUGUCUGCCGACUUCCACGAUUGAAGAAGUCUACGCACUGGAAGCUUUGUUGAAGGACAAGGAGAGAAACAAGGAGGAAAUAGCGAAAAUCCGCGAGUUUCUUGAGUAUGAAGUGGAAAAAUGUUGGUGCUGGAAGACUGGAGCUAGAAAAACUAUGGCUGAAGUGUUCGAGAUUCAAGUGCAGACUCAGAUCAACUGGGAGGGGCCAAGCAAGAAGUCGAAUGGGCGCUCCUUGCCUCGAGAGUUCCCCAACAUUUUGGACGCCGUGACAGUUGCUAGCAAAUUGCACCCCCGAUGCAAACUCGAGAAUCUGCCUAAAGGAAUGACUCUGACUGCCUGGAUACACAAUGAAAUCAAGAACUGGCUUCGUCAUGCAGGCGAUCGAGCCACGAAAGCAUCUAAUAAAGCGAGUUCUGGCGAAGCCCUCUGUUAACAAACAUCAAACAUCUCAUCUUUCUGAAUCGCACAUUGAGGGUUGAACAUGGAAUGAAAAUAAUUCAAUAAUGUCCGGAAUUGGCUCUACUUCUGUGUAGUUUCCAUUAAUAAAUAUUUUCUUCUUACAAAAUGCA